AUCAUUAUCAAACUUCAACUUCAAAAUUCAAACAUAACGACAGACACAUAAGAGACAUAACCAUAACCUCUUCUCAAGAUUUAUCGCCGCCGGCAACCCAUUACCCAUUAAUAAAUUAAUCAAUAUAAUUAUCGACUUUUAUAAUAUACAGUUAGACCACAAGACCACGUCAAUGUUACUUAAUUUAGUCAACAAACGAUUAAACAUCAGAACAGUUCGAAAUUUGGUUACAACAAUGGCAGAUAAAAUUGUUAAUAUUGAUGAAGUAGAAAAGGUUGCAAAUGAUAACAAUGUGUGGAUUGUGGAUGUUAGAGAACCAGAUGAAGUAAAAUCAUCAGGUUUGAUUGGAAAGAGUAUUAAUAUACCCUUGGGAACUGUCAAAGAUGUUUUAAAGGAUUCUUCUAAUGAAGCUUUCCAAAAUAACUAUGGACGUCCAAAACCAGAGGCAAAUUCUCCUUUAAUAUUUUAUUGUAUGAAAGGAGGACGUGCUGCAAAAGCAGCAGAAAUGGCAGAAUCUGUUGGAUUUAAAAAUGCCAAAUAUUACCAAGGUAGCUGGACGGAAUGGUCAUCUAAGCAUUCUUAGGUAUACAUUAGACAAAAAGGAAAUUAAGUGUGAUUCUUUUAUUUAUUAGUGUGUAAUGCAAAAAUAAAAAUUUAGAAAAAAUGUUUGUUUUAUUUCUGU